AUGUCGUGGAAGAAGACCGAGGGGUUGAUGAACACCAUCAAGCACUAUGCCAGCUUUCCUGCUACCGGCGUCAGCUUGCGCCAGAUGGUCCAAUUUGGCGAGAAGCCCUCCACCGGUACCCUCUUCCGCGCCUCGCAGUUCCUAGCGGAGGAACUCCCCAUUCGCCUCGCCCAUCGUGUGCAAGAACUCGACGAGCUGCCCGAUGGCCUCAACGAGAUGCCGUCGGUCCGAAAGGUUCAUGACUGGUACGCGCAGUCGUUCGAGGAGCUCACAACUCUCGCGCGACCCGAUCUCGGCAAAGAAGUGCGAGAACGGCUCAUGAAGCCCGGCAAAAAGUUUGGCAGGACAUCCGCCAUGCUCUCCGAGACAACGAGAAACCCCAGCAUCGAAGACGGCCAGUACAGCUCCAUCUCGCACUCCAACGGCAACGGCAACGGCAAUGGCAACGGCAAGAAGGCGUCCGCCGCCGCGAGGAGAUACUUUGCCAUGGUCGACGACUCGGGCAACUGGCCCGCCGAGCUUCGCCUGUACAACGAACGGUUCGCCAAGACGCUGCACAACAUCAAGAGGCGUCACGAUGGUGUCGUGACGACCAUGGCCCAGGGCAUCCUCGAGUACAAGCGCAAGCGACAGCGCAUGCAAAUCGACCACAACAUUCAGUCUUUCCUAGAUCGCUUCUACAUGUCCCGAAUCGGAAUCCGCAUGCUCAUCGGCCAGCACAUUGCUCUGACGGACCAGAGCCACCAUCGCGACCCCACUUACGUCGGCAUCAUCUGCACGAAAUGCAACAUCCAGGAUCUCGCGCAAGAGGCCAUCGAGAACGCCCGGUUCGUCUGUGAGGACCACUACGGCCUCUUCGAAGCCCCCAAGAUUCAGCUCGUCUGCAACCCCAACAUCAACUUUAUGUACGUCCCCGGACAUCUUUCGCACAUGCUUUUCGAGACCCUCAAGAACUCGCUGCGUGCCGUCGUCGAGACACACGGCCAGGACAAGCAGGAGUUCCCGGUGACAAAGGUCAUCGUCGCCGAGGGCAAGGAGGAUAUCACCAUCAAGAUCACCGACGAAGGCGGCGGCAUCCCUCGCAGCGCCAUCCCCCUCGUCUGGACCUACAUGUACACCACUGUCGACAGCACGCCCAACCUCGACCCAGACUUUGAUAAGAACGACUUCAAGGCCCCCAUGGCCGGUUUCGGCUACGGACUGCCCAUUUCGCGUCUCUACGCUCGCUACUUUGGUGGUGACCUUAAGCUGAUCAGCAUGGAGGGGCUCAAGGACCUGGAGAUCACCGAGCGCCGCCAGGUCGGCGACGCCCAGGACCUGCUCAACCGCCACAGCGACGCCUCCACCAGCAGCGGCGACUUUGGAUACUUUCGGAGCGACGCCUCGGAGCUGUAA